ACCAGGAUUCCGAGAGGAAUUCCACCAGGAUUCCGAGAGGAAUCCCACCAGGAUUCCGAGAGGAAUCCCACCAGGAUUCCGAGAGGAAUCCCACCAGGAUUCCGAGAGGAAUCCCACCAGCAUUCCUGGAGGAAUCCCAACAGGACUCCGGGAGGAAUCCCAACAGGAUUCCGGGAGGAAUCCCAACAGGAUUCCGGGAGGAAUCCCUACAGGGUUCCAGGCAGAAUCCCUACAAGAUUCCAGGUAUAAUCAAUCCAGACAGUAUUUCAGGAGGAAUCCCGGACCGAAUUCCAGGCGGAAUCCCGACAGGAUUCCAGGCGUCCCACAGGUUUCCAGGAUUCCUUGAGAAUCCUGUUGGUAUUCUGAUGAGAAUCCUGCCAGUAUCCUAAGGAUUAUCCCGCCAGAACCCCUCUAAAACCCUUUUGAAAAUAUAUAGGAAGAAUUCGGACAAUGCCAAUGAACGAUUUGUAGUGGACUGGGUUGAACAAACUGGCCAGUUUAUGGCCUUAUGUAAGUUCCCACUAUCAGCACAGCACCUUCAAGCAAUCACAGACUUCUCCAACUGUGUAAACGGAAACUUAAUUGAGAUUACUUCAAGUACACACACCCGCGCUGCCCGAUGGAUGGGGUGUCAAGAAGUGCGGUUCCUCGUCCGGUUUGAUGCCAUCAUCAGUAGCCGAGUAAAUCACAUAAUCCGAUUAUAAGAAAGAGGAGCUUCUGCUUCUAGCUAUGGUGGCGAACUCAAAUCUGGAAAUCUUAACACCCACAAGUAGUCGGUGUUCUCAGUUUUGAUCUCUCAAAGACUAGACAAGAUUUAUGAGGGGAGCGUGUUUGUUAAUUCAAUCGUUUGGAAGUAUUGCACUCGCUCGGUUUGCUAGUGCGAUGAUGAUCGGAUUAUCGUAUCAGUGCUAAGUUUUUGCUCUUGAAGGUAGUGACCGAUAGGAAAAGAGAAAAGUGUAUGGUGGGUCAUUCGGUGUAGAAUCAAUCAUUGAGGUUAAACAUUUUUCCUCGUGUUAUGUUCGUUCUUGAUUGGAUAAGAGCAAUUAAAAAAAAAAUGCCGUAAUGUAUGCAAUCCAUCAAAGAUGUACAAAUGUACCAAGGCCAGUACUGAGCAUUAUUUUCACGCGUUUGUUUGUAAGGUGAACCGAUUUUCCCAAUUACGGAGCCGUAUGUUCUUCGACGACGUAAGAGUUAAUGUGAAUCGGUGAGUUCGUUCCGUUUUAUCAGUAGCAAAAAACCGAAGAGAAGCUCACGUUUGGGAAUAAAUCGUCUGUUUGAAAUGUUCUCCCAAAAAUACUGCAGGGUUCACGGUUUUUCCGGCAUUAAGGUUAGGAUUAGAGGUUGAUGUUUUCUGUAUUUCUUUUGUUUUUUUUUAUUCGUUUGAAAUUAAUCUCUGCACAGUUCGUCAUCUAAGGUGAAACAAAAUCAUGAAACUAUCUUUCUUCUAAAAACAUAUUAUUCACUCUUUUUUGUGUGGAGGCUGAUGCAUCCCUGUACUAACAAAAGCUUCUUCCUGCGACAGCCAUGGAGAUGCAGAGGUGAUCUCGGUGUCAUUAACAACUUAGUGAGUUUCUCUCGAGCAUUCUCUAUUAAUUCCUUGUGUAUUUAUUGAUUAUGCUGAUCAAUCACGGAGUAGCAACUUCGAAUUUUACGGUCAUCCAUGGUCAUGUUCUUUCUCAUGUUCAUAUUUCAAGCAGAAUCCUGAACACAGCUGUUUAACAGUUUGAGGCAAAUAUAUUAGACUCAAACCAAAACCAACUAGUAUGUACGGCCUAGAAUCCUAACAAAGCGCUUUCUGUUAUACACUCCCCAUACUGAUUCUCAACGGUAUCAUGUUAUGCCGCUUCAAAUCGCAAAACGGUCGUAAUAUUACGUCGUUCGUUUGUAUGCGUACGCCAUAGGAGGAAACAGUCUAAUCAGUAGUCUCGUCUCGUCUUGAGCUAGUAUAAACAAACCGGUUGUUGUUUUGAUUUUCGGUCAGUGUUUGCCGGUUGCCGAAAGUUUUGUAUUUUCGUUCUGAGUUCGACUGUUGUUUACUCUUUCCUAGUGCUAGCUAAUGGAUGACCUUCUGUGUCGGUGUUUAAUUUAUCAACGGAAAGUUACUGAGCCUAAUUCCACUACCAUGGAUGACGAAAACGCCCUGCUGCUAGAGCGUGCCACCGGCCUUAUCAAGUGUUGCAAGCUGCCCCGGUUAACCCACAGUAUCGAUGAGGCCCAGCUGAAACCGGACACUUUCCGGAGCUUCAUGGCCAUUCUCGAUGAAACGCUGCCCAAAGUGUUCGACCUAUUGGCGCAAUACGAGAACCAGCUGCUCGGGUACGAUGAGUUCAACCGGGAAAAUUUGGAGUUUCAGGUGAACCUGGUGCUAGUGGUAGCCGAGCAGCUACAACUGCCGGGGGAGAUUUAUGACUUUCAGACGGAAAAUGUGGCCUAUCGGGAGCGGCUUGUCGAGUUGUAUCAAAACGGGCAGCUGGAGAGGAUACUGACUAAAGAAGGUGAUGGCAGCGAGCGUCUGUUGAAGCGCAUCUGGGAACACUUCCAGAAGGUCCUGCAAGGAAAGGAAUGGAUGUACCAUCCCGGGGACGUAGUCGCAUUCGUCAGGAUUUGCGAGCUGCUGUACGGGAACAUGUCGGAGAAGCCGAGCGAGUUGCCUCAAUCAGUGGCGUCAUUCGUCCUUGCGGUAGGGAUAUCCUUGGUUGAACACCACGAUCCUGAGUACGAAAUCUUGGGACUGAAAUUGUUCAACGUUCUGCUGAAUGAACGCCAUCGAUCAAUGAUCAAGGAAAGCAACAUCCACGAAGUGGUGUUCCAGAAUUCCUUCCGAUUGAGCGCCAAGGCCAAGAGUGAGCGAUUCCUCAGGGAACUUUGGGCAUGCAUCUUUCAGUACGUGAAAAUGACGGCUACGGAUCAGGCCGAGUUCGGUGAUUGGUCCAAACUGGACGACGUGGUUGAAGCACUCUUGGAAGCCUUAACCUUUGAAUCGAACCUGGCCCUGUCGUCCAUAUUGUUGUUGUAUCUGCUGAAAGUCCUCUCGUUGGAUUUGAGAAAUUUCCUCAUAGACGAUUUGGAUGACGUCCAGGCGGUGGACAGCCGGUGCCACCUGUACGAACCGGUGCUGGAACAGUUGCGGAAGUACUGCGCUCUGGAGUUCCGCAAUCGGCGAUUCUAUCGGUGGCACAAGCGACUGGUCGCGAUGAUUCCGUUCGAGCUGGAGAAGGCUUGCGGCGGGACUCGGGAGUGCGGGAAGUAUAUGCAUGGCGUCAAUCUCCUCUUCGUCCUGGCAGUGUUCCCAAUCGAACCGGAAGCCGUUGGCUUCCUUCCGGAUAAGCAGUCUGCACUGCUCGAUUUCAUGAUCGCGUUCAAACGGCACAUGCGCGAUCAGUACGGACGGAUUCAAUCGCUCACCGGCAAAUGCGAUUUUCUGCAUUCAUUGAAGGCGUCGGUAUCGUGCGACAAAUCGAUUACCGUUUUCUGUCGGAGUGUGGCGCAGCAUUAUUUCCCCCCGGAUCGGCAAGACUUUUGGAACGUGGUCGGAACUGCGGUCGAUGGUUCGGAGGAAGGGAGCUACCAAGAGGAUCGAAUUUUCUACGAGUGUUUGAAGGAAUUACAAACGAGGUUGCAGUAGAUCUGUUUCUAUGAGAGAAGUAGUUUGUCAUUGUUCUUCGAA